UGUUACUAGUCAGUCAGUUAACCCAAACUCACUGAUGGCCCUCAACAUCUUCAACUUCAACGCUUCACUUGCAGUCACUCCCGCCAAAACGCCAUUCAUCACAACUCUGACCCUAACCACCCCCUUCAUUAAUCUACACCCUCCUCCAUAUUCAUCGUUUUCUUUCUCUUCUUCAGCCAAGCUCAACUCCACUCCUAGAGCCUCCCCUCCCCAGAAAUACAGUUACCCUGACCCAAUCCCUGAAUUUGCUGACGCUAAGGAGACUCGCAAGUUUAGGGCUGAGCUUUUAAAGAAGCUGUCUAACGAAACAGAGACAUUUGGAAAUGACCUUGAUACAGUCGUAGAUGUUUGUGCUGAGAUAUUUAGUAUUUUCCUGCACCAGGAGUAUGGAGGACCCGGCACAUUACUAGUGGAGCCUUUCGCGGACAUGUUGAUUGCUCUAAGGGAAAGAAAAUUACCUGGAGCUCCCUUGGCUGCACGGACAUCCCUGCUAUGGGCUCAAAACAAUAUUGAUAAGGAUUGGGAGAUUUGGAAUUCAAUUUCAAACCCACAUAUGUGAUCUUAUCUCACACUCAGUAUACAUUUAUUGAAUUUGUACCUUUUGUUGUCUUGUUCUAUAUCAGAAAUCCUGGUCAUGCAUCAACAACUUACAUGAAAUAUGGGACAGCAUUAACAAGAACUAAUUUCAUCACAACAUACUGCUUAUAACAUUCA